AUGAGAAAACCAAUUCUGAGCACGACACGAAGUAGUCGAGUCCCUCACGAAGUAGACGAGUUCUUAGUGAAGUGUACGAAUCAAAAGUCGAUGGAUUAUAAUAUGAGAAGAGAACAGAAAAUAGAUUUGAUUAAAGACCCAUCCUAUACACUUCAUAUGUUGAUUUAUCACACUUGCAGUGAUGACGACACGGUUUGGAAACAAGAUGAGAUUCUCGACCCGGUUCCAGUUUUCGACAUAAGCAUCAAACGUACGCAAGACUUUGUUAUGACUAAAGCAAUUCAAGUUGAAAGUCUCUUUGGCAAACAUUAA